AUGUCAAACUUACAAACUGUUCUCUCUAGAGAACAAAUCCUUGAACAAGUGGUUUCAAAUAAGAAAUUCUACAACAAUAAUCAAAAUGUUGAAGAACCAAAUAUCGCUGCUAUUUUCUCCAAUAGUGAUGAAGAGUUAUUAGCUCAAAUUGGUUAUAAACCAGAAUUAAAACGUCAUUUCAGUACUUUACAAUGUUUUGGAGUUGCCUUUUCUAUUAUGGGUCUUUUACCUUCUAUUGCUUCUAUGUUGGCUCAAGGUCUUAUUGCUGGUCCUGCUGGUUGUUUUUGGGGUUGGAUUAUAUCUUCCAUCUUUAUCUUUACUAUUGGUAUUUCAAUGGCUGAAAAUGGUUCGAGUAUCCCAACUUCUGGUGGUUUAUAUUAUUGGACCAAUUUUUACGCUCCACCAAAAAUGAAGACUUUAAUUUCAUAUCUUAUCGGUAAUACUAAUUCCAUUGCUUUGAUUGGGGUGUUAUGUUCAGUUAAUUAUGGAUUUGCUGAAGAAAUCUUAUCGAUUGUCGUUAUUUCCAAAGAUGGUGAUUUUGAUAUCACUCCAGCAAAGACUUAUGGUAUUUUCGUGGGUUGUGUAUUAGCUCAUAUUGCCAUUACUUGUUUCUCAUCUAGGAAUUGUGCUCAAUUACAAACUGCUUCCAUCGUGGUCAAUUUAUUCGUCAUUACCUUAUACAUUAUCGCCUUACCAAUUGGUGCCAGAGGUCAUUACAAACCUGCAUCCUAUGUUUUCGGUGAAUUUGAUAAUCUUUCAGAUUGGCCAAUGGGUUGGACUCAAGUUUCAGCAUCUUGGUUACCUGCUAUCUGGACCAUUGGUGCUUUUGAUUCUGUCAUUCAUAUGUCUGAAGAAGUUAGAGAUGCCGAACGUGCUAUCCCAAUUGGUAUUUUAGGUUCAAUUGCUGCAUGUGGUGUUUUAGGUACGGGUGUUUUAAUGGUGACAUUUUUCUGUAUUCAAACUGAUGAUAUUCAAGGUCAUCUUUUAGGAUCAAAAUUUGGUUUCCCAAUGGCUCAAAUCAUUUUUGAUGUUUUAGGAAAGCAGUGGGCAAUGGCAUUUAUGGCUCUUAUUGCCUUAGCUCAAUUUUUAAUGGGUGCAUCUAUUCUUACUGCUAUUUCAAGACAAAUUUGGGCAUUUGCCAGAGAUAAUGGUUUACCAUUCUCAACUUGGAUUAAAAAAGUUAAUUAUAAAUUAUCCGUUCCUAUCAAUGCUGUUUAUUUUGGUGGGUUUAUGACUAUUUUCAUUGGUUUAUUAUCACUUGCUGGUCCUGUUGCUGCUAAUGCUCUUUUCACCUUAUAUAUUGCUGGUAAUUACGUGGCUUGGACAACUCCAACUUUCCUUAGAUUAACAGUUGGAAAAAGUAAGUUUAAACCAGGUAAGUUUUAUUUAGGUCCAUUCUUUUCUCCAUUAAUUGGUUGGAUUUCAUCCAGUUUCUGUGCAUAUUCAUUUAUAAUGGUGAUGUUCCCCGCAUCUAUUGGUGUUACUAAAGAUACUAUGAAUUAUACAUGUGUGAUCACUCCAAGUGUGUGGAUUUUGUCAUACAUUUAUUAUUAUUUCUAUGCUCAUAAAUUCUAUCAUGGUCCUUGUAAGACUGUCGAUGUGGAAGGUGAAUAUUUGGAAGGAAUUGAUCCAAAUGAUGAAGUUAGUUCAGAACCAAUUGGUGAAAAGAUAUCAUUGACUGAUGUUAAGGUCCUUGAAAAGGUCUAA